UACUUGAAACGUCAAGCCUUAGAUCUAUACAGAGGCAACAUAAGGUUCCUAGAGGACCUACUAGCAUUCCGUACAAGCAGCAAGCUGUCCUGGCACGAAUUCAACACACACUUCCACCCAACUCCCAAGGGACCUAUUCCUAGUUG